AUGGAGUUGCGGGCGAUUUACCCCGAAAUUUGCUUCAUUGUGACCGCAAUUUCACUCAGUUUGUCUUCGCUGGUAAUCUUCCUCUCCUAUCGAGUGCUCAAAGGCAGCGGCCAACGAGAGUACUCUUGGAUUAUGGCGUUCAACGCGGGCGUCGAUUUCUUUUACUCACUAACUCAUGGGAUUGUGAUGCCAGUACGUUUCUGACCGCAAAAUCCAAAUUUGGUUCAGAGCGAAGUAGUGGGCACAGCAUCCACAGCCUACUUUGCUGUGGAAAACCCUUACUUGCAACACAUUCCAUCAUUCGCUGUUCGAAAUGCCGGCUUUUUUCUGCUCGUUGUGGAUCUUAGCUCCGCACCCUGCAGUGCAGUUCAUUUUUACUAUCGCUAUCGUUUGUUGUGCAAGGGCGAUUUGUGGAGUAAACGGAGAUAUGUGGGUACGUACGGGAUGGCUCUAGCUGCGAUAUUCUUCACUGUGUUGUUGUUCUGCGCGUCCUUAAAUCUGGCCAACGAAAGAAGCAGAGAGGAGCUGCUGGUGGUGGCUGGGUAUUUGGUGUGUCCUCCUCAUGUCUAUGUAACGCUGGUAAGGAUGACUGUCGUGUUUGUGAUUCAAUUCUCCGCCGUUCCUCAUAUUCUGUGCGCGCAAUGUAUGGGCCUAUGCUAUUUUAUAUGUUUGUCGGUAAAAUAAUGAGCGCGCUGUCGCGUCCGAAAUCGCAUCGCCGUCGAGAAAAUGAAUUGUGUCGCGGCAAGAUCAAAUUGCUUUUCACUUUAGCGACGCGAUCGCCCAGCGACAUUGUGCUCAUCAUUUCAGACUGAUAGUAUACGGCCAUUUAUAAUAGUGGCGGGCUUUAGAUACCAUGAAAAAUUCGGAGAGGCGGAGAAACACCCGGUUUUGUCAAGACCUAGAGGUGGGUCAAGGAAUGAAGGCCCCUAGCUUUACACGAAUAGUAAAUCGGCUCACCCCUAUCAACUAGAUAGCCCUAGCUGGAAUACAACGACACAGAUCAUGAACUCACGGUGAUGACCAGACUGGGAUAAAUGAGCGCCCAGUUCACAACUUAUGUUUAUGCGCGAGGGAAACAAAAAUUGACGGAAAGGCGAUAGGUCCAUUAGAUUUAUACAAAAUAUCGGCCGGGCUAUGCAAAUUCUUAGGAACUUCUGACGGAAUCGUGACAGUUUAAGGGUACCCAAACACCAAAUUACUGUUUGCAGGGAGAUCCAAUUUUCAUCCUUUGCAUGUGCAUCUGCCAACUAAUGUUCGUCGCCGAAUACAGUAUUAUUGUUUUCUGCGGCCAACGGAUUAUACGACAUGCACAACAAGGCACAAGUGCAGCGAUAUCAACGCGAAAAGCGCAAAAGCAUCUCAUCACGGUGAUGAUUUUGCAAGUAAGUUCUACCACUAAUAAAUGUUUAUUGCCCAAGGCCAUUUUUUUUUGAAAUAUCAGCAAAUUUCAGGCAGCGUAUCCGUUAAUCUUAUACUUCCUUCCCUUCAUAUGCGUGACUGCAAUGCUUUCCACGGGCGUGAAAUUUCAAAGCGCCAGCUACAUUGCCGGCUUAUCUCUGCAAUUAUUGUCGCCGUUGAAUUCAAUAUCGGUGCUCACGUUGAUGCCAGCUUACCGUAGAGCCUUGACCGGGAAAUCUGCAAACACCUCUGGAAGUCGUUUUGCCUUUUCUUCCGUUGCUGGAUGA